CAAACGAGACAAGCGGAAAAUGAACGAAUACGGGAGUUAUUUAGCUCCUCAAAGUUAUUACUACGUGGUUGGUUAUUAACAAGGACCACAAGCAAUCAAGCCACAAUAGUUUUGGGACUAACCGCUUUCAAACCAACUGUCUGACUCUGUGCUUGGGCUGUCCUAAAAAAACACUUACAUUCCGCUGACGUCAGCAGGUUACCACUGACUGAGAGUGACGAAGACGAACAACAACUUCAUCAUCACAGUCGGGGUCGACAAUGGAAGAACAUUUGAGGAGCGAUGCAGACUGUGAAGACGUUCAGCAGCUGAUUGGUCAUCAGGAAGAACUUCCCCGUCCACCACGGUGUGGGAGCUCCAGUGUGGAGCAAGAUGAUCCACAGGCCCCACAUGUUAAAGAGGAAGAGGAGGAUCUACAGCCGCCCCAGAUUAAGGAGGAAGAGGAGGAGACUGACGUCAGCAAUUUGCCACUGACUUGUGUCUCUGUGAAAAACGAAGACAAGAAACCGGAGUGGUCGAAAUUUCAUAUUCACAGUCCAAAUGGUGACCACUGUGGGGGCCCACCGUCAGACAACCUCUUAGGUCCACUGUCAGACGGUGGGGACACAGAAGAACCUUUGAGGAACAACACAGACUGUGUAGAUGAUCACAAACCAACCAACUGCUCUGAAAUGCAAUCAACUCUCCACAAGGAAACUUCACAAAGGCGUAAAAAACGUGUUAACUGCUCAGUUUGUGGUAAAACUUUUGCUACUAAGCAAACUUUGGUAACACACAUGAGAACACACACAGGAGAAAAACCCUUUAGUUGCUCAUUUUGCGGUAAAGAAUUUUCUCAAAAGGGACCAAUGAUACGACACAUGAGAGUACACACAGGAGAAAAACCCUUCAGCUGCCCAGUUUGCAGGAAAACAUUCUCCCAAAAAGGAAGUAUAGAAUUACACAUGAGAACACACACAGGAGAAAAACCCUUCAGUUGCUCUGCUUGUGGCAAAACAUUCUCUCAAAAAGAAAAUAUGAUAACACACAUGAGAAAACACACCGGGGAAAAACCCUUUCGCUGUUCAGAUUGCGGUAAAUCGUUCUCUCGAAAGGAACAUGUGGCAACACACAUGAGAACACACACAGGAGGAAUACCCUUUACUUGUUCAGUGUGUGGAGAAAGCUAUGGUCAUAGGGCCAGUUUGACUGAGCACAUGCAGAAACACAACACAGAGAGCUAAUAAAUGUUUUCAUGUUAGGACUUGGACUAACUAAAAAGUGACGAGUGGCAAUGUGUGUCACAGAAGACUUGGAUAUACAGGGUGAUAGAAGAUAGAAGAUACUCCCUAUUUUAAAAUACUUAUAAUUUAUUCAUAUGUUGUAAUAUUUUUCUCAAUUUUUUUGUGUAUGUUCCAUGAUUGAAGGAGCAAGUCCAUUCUACCAAACCGACGAUUUUGGAAGAACACGCAGCACCACAUAUUGACAGAAAAAAUGGAAUUGUUGAAAUUUUUGCAGAUUUAUUCAAAAAGAAAAACUGAAAUAUCACACAGCCAUUAUAUUCAGAACCUUUGCUCGGUAUUUAGUAGAAGCCCCCUUCUGAGCUAAUACAGCCAGGAGUCUUUUUGGGAAUGAUGCAACAAGUUCUUCACACCUGGAUUUGAGGAUCAUCUGCCAUUCCUACUUGCAGAUCGUCUCCAGUUCUGUCAGGUUGGAUGGUGAACGUCGGCGGGCAGCCAUUUUCAGGUCUCUCCAGAGAUUCUCAAUUGGGUUGAAGUCAGGGCUCUGGCUGGGCCAUUCAAGAACAGUCACAGAGUUGUUCUAAAGCCACUCCUUUGUUAUUUUAGCAGUGUGCUUAGGGUCAUUGUCUUCUUGGAAGGUGAACCUUCGGCCCAGUCUGAGGUUCUGAGCACUCUGGAGAAGGUUUUCGUCCGGGAUAUCCCUGUACGUGGCCGCAUUCAUCUUUCCUUCGAUUGCAACCAGUCGCCCUGUCCCUGCAGCUGAAAAACCCCCACAGCAUGAUGCUAUGAUGCUGCCACCACCAUGCUUCACUGUUGGGACUGUAUUGGACAGGUGAUGAGCAUUGCCUGGUUUUCUCCACACAUGCUACUUAGAAUUAAGGCCAACAAUUUUUAUCUUGGUCUCAUCAGAACAGAGAAUCUUAUUUCUCACCACCUUGGAGUCCUUCAGGUGUUUUUUUAGCUAACUCCAUGCGGGCUUUUAUGUGUCUUGCACUGAGGAGAGGCUUCCGUCGGGCCACUCUGCCGUAAAGCCCCGACUGGUGGAGGGCUGCAGCAAUGGUUGACUUUCUAGAACUUUCUCCCAUCUCCCAAUUGCAUCUCUGGAGCUCAGCCACAGUGAUAUUUGGGUUCUUCUUUACCUCUCUCACCUUGGCUCUUCUCCCCUAAUUACUCAGUUUGGCCGGACGGCCAGCUCUACGAAGGGUUCUGGUCGUCCCAAACGUCUUCCAUUUAAGGAUUAUGGAGGCCACUGUGCUCACACUGAAAUUAUUUUUUUUUACAUCUAGGGGGUCACCAUCCACACAUCCAACAUUAGUUGACAGAAUGAAUGUGGUGUCUUUAUCACCCAUAUUCAGCAGCGUACAGUAUACGCACCAAUACUAGGUCACAUCGGGGAAGCUCAGAACACAGACGCACAGAUUCACUGUCGAUGGUGGAGAGCUUCAAGAAGUAGAAUCAGGGAGGACUUGUUCACUGAAAGACAGCACAGUUUGUUCAGCCUUCACGGGGUAGCUUUGAGGUUCAAUUGUGCUGGGUGCACAGCACAGACAGGGGUGAAGGGGAAUGAGGUCGCUGAUGACUUAGCAAAAAAAAGGUCCUUAGGCAUUAAUUCUGAUACGUGUGAGCGAUGCAGUGUAAAAAGAAAAUAUUAAUAAUAAUAAAAAAUAAGCGUGGAUCAUGUAAUUAUGUUUUUCUUAAAGUUUACAUCAGCGAGAGAAAGGCUGCAGAGUUGUGUGAGCAGAGGGAGUUGGGGAUAAGAUUAAAUGUGUGAGGAAACCAUUAUUUUUUUGAGGGAAACGAAAUUAAUGAGUUGUAAAGGUGGGGACGAGUGUUACACACUAUCUUGUACAGUAGGUGGCGGUAUGCACCGUACCAUUGCUUUCAAUCCAACAAUACAUGAAAAGUAGAAGAAGAAAAAACAACACUGCGCACGCGCACACGGCAUAAACUAGACGAGCAGAAAAAUAAAUUAACGAUUUCCCAAAGAGUGGUUUAGCACCUCAAAGUAAUUAUUAAGUGGUUGGUUAUUAACAAGGGACAUAUCUAAUUAAGCCACAUAAAUUUUGGUGAGUUUCAACUUGUCCUAAUAGUAAUCCGUUUGUAAUGGUUUACGCCUUUGCAUACGACCUGAUGCUAGUUGGUAAAACUGUGUAACGCAGCGUGUCAAACUUCAUCGAUUUGAUUUAUAUUGACAUAUUGAUUUAUUUCUCUACGUACCAAUGUUACUAAAAUUGUCAACGCGUUUUUCUUAGCCCGCCGUUGAAUUCAUUUACCCAAUUUCCGGAAACAAAAAAAGAAAAGAAAAUGGAUGUGCAGAUUGUCAGCAAUCCAGGUUAUUGUUAUCCGCAAAUGUUGUUUUGCUAUUAGGCCAACGAUCUAUUCAUGUAAAUAUGAGAUCACAAGAUAUGAUUAAUAAAAUAACAGUGCCCCUAAAGCAGGGGUUUCAAACUCAGAUCUUCCACCAUUGAUAUUUUAUCGGUGCGAUCUUCCUACACAUUCACUGCCACUGACUGCUUUAGAAGUCAAAUAUCCAUGCUAACUGGGAAGGCUGGCACUGAAUGAGUUAAAAUUCAUUGCAUGCUAUCAAGUUUGCAGUAUGUCUGUGUUUCACGAAGGGACACAGUACAGAGGGAGAACGGCGAAACCGACAUUGUAAAGAAGCUUGAUAAGGAUAACGGGAAUUGACGCUGGCUGGAAUUAAAAGUCAGAAAUGAAUACGUUCACGAAAAUAUUCGAAAGAUUAAAGCACCUGGGAACGCAUACUGCAUCUUGUGUCAUCAGGAUGUGAAGUAUGGAUCUGGAGGGAGAACACGCUUGGUCGAUCACGUCAACGGAAAGAAGUACGCACAGCUGGUUAAAACGGAGCGGUGAAAUUAUAGAUUACCUGACAUGCAGCAAGAGCCACAGCCCUCCCACGUUAAAGAGGAAGAGGAGGAUCUACAGCCAACUCACAUUAAGGAGGAGGAGGAGGAGACUGAUGUGAGCAACUUGCUUCUGACUGGUGUCUUUGUGAAAAACGAAGACGAAGACCAGAAACCGGAGUGGUCACAGUUUCAUAGUCACAGUCCAAAUGGAGACCACGAUGGAGGACCACCUUCAGACCAUCUCUUAGGUCCACUGUCAGACAGUGCGGAAGCAGAAGAACCUUUGAGGAACAACGCAGACUAUGAAAAUGAUGACAAACCGACCAACUGCUCUGAUAUGGAAACAACUCUCAACAAGGAAACUUCACAAAUGUGUAAAAAUCGUGUUACCUGCUCAGUUUGUAGGAAAACCUUUGCUACAAAACAAACUUUGAGGACACACACGAGAAAACACACAAGAGAAAAACCAUUUAGUUGCUCAUUUUGCGGUAAAGAAUUUUUUCAAAAGGGACCAAUGCUACGACACACGAGAGUACACACAGGGGAAAAACCAUUUAGUUGCCAAGUUUGCAAGAAAACAUUCUCUCAAAAAGGAAGUAUACAAUUACACAUGAGAACACACACAGGAGAAAAACCCUUCAGUUGCUCAAUUUGUGGCCAAACAUUCUCUCACAAAGAAAAUUUGGUAACACAUACGAGAAAACACACAGGGGAAAAACCCUUUCACUGCCCAGAUUGUGGUAAAACAUUCACUCGGAAAGUACAUGUGGCAAAACACAUGAAAAAAAUACACACAGGAGAAAUACCUUUCAGUUGCUCAGUUUGUGGAGAAAGCUAUGGUCGUAGGGCCAGUUUGACUGAACACAUGCGGAAACACAACAGUGAGACCGAAUAAAUGUUUUCCUGUUAGGACUUGGACUAAAAAGUGACGAGUGGAUGUGUGUCACGGAGGAUUGGGACAUAGAUGUCAUUCGAGACUGAGGAUGAAGAAAUCAAAAUUAAUUCUUCCAUUCAUCUUGUUCUCACGUGUAAAGUGCACAAAAGCAGUAUGAAAAAAAAUACAUGUAUUGCUGUGUCACUUUUUAAAAUGUCGUCUUUAUUCUUUGCUCUAAAGAUUUUGAUUCUGAGUCUGACCUCUUAGCAGCUCUUCUUUUUUCCUCUACUCAUCCUGCGCAAUCUGCAAUACCGUUGUAUCCUAUAUUGGUGUUUUAAAAAAAUGUGUUAAGGGGUUGGAGGAUAACGUUAGCAUUCUCCUUCGUUCUGCAGGGUCCGUUUCAAUGGAAAUGGGAGGAUGUGGUAACUAAGGAUGUUUAGUUAGCAUCAAAAUGUCAUUGAUUAGCUGACAGCAGGGCAAAAUGAUGAAAAACCUUGUGGAUCAGUCUUUUUCUGAAAGGGUUGCCACAUUUACUGUAUGUAAAAUGAGUGCCGAUUGCAGAGAUCCUUGACUCAAACACACGCAGGACACAAUAGAAUGCUUGAUAUGUGGAACAUUUAUUGUGAAACUACGGGGGAAAUGGGGACAAAUGUGAAGGGAGUUAGCUACAUAAUAAAA